CAAUUUCAAACGUACGUCGAUCACAACAAGAUGGUAAGCAGAGCGCGCGGUGUUGGCAUGGCGCUGCGGCACUGAAAAUGACCGAUAUUCUUGCAUGGUGAUUAUGGAAUAUUGCUGCAGGCGACAGCACAAGUUUCUGAAAACGUAAUCACGCUCAAGGGUUCAACUGAGAUCGUAACCGAGUUCUUUUCGUACAGCAUCAAUACGUACUUCCACUUUUCAACGUUUAAUACACAUUGUUGGCGGUGCAAUGGACUAAUUGUGUAUAUGCUGACAUCUGCAGCAUUUUGUAUCAGCGUGGUAUCUACCCUGCUGAGAGCUUCAAGCAGGUCCAGAAAUAUGGCUUGAACAUGCUUGUUACGGAUGACGACAAGCUCAAUGACUUCUUCACCAAGUUCCUCCACCAGUUGUCAAACUGGUUGUUGAAGGGAGAAGUGCAGAAGCUUGUGCUGGUCAUCACAGGAAUUGAGACCCAGGAAGUGUUGGAACGAUGGGCCUUUGAAGUCCAUGCAGACAACGGUACAGGAGAAAGUGGUAAUGCACCUGCUUCGAAAUCAAAGAAGGAGAUUAUGGCUGAGAUCCAGGCCAUCAUUCGGCAGAUCACUGCCAGCGUUUCGUUCUUGCCUAUUCUGGAAGAGCAGUGUGCUUUCGACCUGCUCGUAUACACGGACAAGAACUCUGAAGUGCCCGCGUUGUGGGAGGAGUCAGACCCUCGCUACAUCAAGGACUCAGCGGAAGUUCGCCUGCGUUCGUUCUCGACGAAGGUCCACAAGGUCGACGCAAUGGUAGCCUACAAGAACCCUGAAGCCGACAUCUAAUCGCCCCACAAAAGCGCAGCUGAUCCAACAAUGUGCCUACUUACUGCUUCUUGUCCUUGUUUUCAAAACGCGACAGAACGAUUUCAAUGUCCUUGGUAAAUGCCUCUUUGCUGAAGUAGCCGUCCUUGUCAAAGUAACGACCAACGUAGAGCUCUUCCUUUCGGUGCUUUCCCUUUGCGUUGGC